AUGUUCGUUUCCAUUCUGCUGGUUUUGUUGCCAGGGGUAACCCACUUGUCCCAGGGCAGUGCCAGUCCCGACGACACUGGCCAUCCACCAGCCAACUGUUCCAGUGAAGACAACUGCUCCGAAGGUGUGGUCCUGCCCCUCUGGAACCCUCAGAACCCGGCUGUGGGGGACAAAGUAGCGCGUGCUAUCGUUUACUUUGCAGCUCUUAUCUACAUGUUCCUGGGUAUGUCCAUUAUAGCAGACCGCUUCAUGUCGUCCAUUGAAGUCAUCACCUCUCAGGAAAAAGAAAUCACGAUCAAAAAACCUAACGGAGAGACCACUACGACUACGGUACGAAUCUGGAACGAGACUGUGUCCAACUUAACCCUCAUGGCUCUUGGUUCGUCAGCUCCUGAGAUCCUCCUGUCUGUUAUUGAGGUGGUCGGGCAUGAUUUUGAAGCGGGCGCACUGGGGCCAAGCACUAUAGUGGGUAGUGCUGCUUUCAACAUGUUCAUUAUCAUUGCUAUCUGUGUUUACGUAGUUCCAGAGAGCGAGACUCGCAAGAUAAAGCACUUAAGGGUGUUUUUUGUCACAGCGGCCUGGAGCAUUUUUGCAUAUAUCUGGCUUUAUCUUAUUCUGUCUGUGUCUACGCCUGGGGUGGUGGAUGUCUGGGAGGCGGUGCUCACCUUCCUAUUCUUCCCCUUAUGUGUGCUACAAGCUUGGAUCGCAGACAGGCGCUUGCUCUUUUAUAAAUACGUCAAUAAGAGGUACCGCACCGACAAAAACCGAGGCAUCAUCAUCGAAUCAGAGGGCGACGCCAUGUUUACAAAGAUGGACCUAGAGAUGGACGGGCAAGGGGUGAAUUCACACACCCAUCCCAAAGAAGCUUUAGAUGGGAUGUUGGAAGGAGUGGAGGAGGGAGGAGGGACCAGCGCAGAGCAAGAUCAGGAAGAAGAAGCCAGGCGUGAAAUGGCGCGUACUUUGAAAGAGUUAAAGCAAAGGCACCCAGAGAAAGACAUGGAGCAGUUAAUUGAGAUGGCCAACUAUCAAGUAUUGGUGCAGCAGCAGAAGAGCAGAGCCUUUUAUCGUAUUCAAGCCACACGUAUGAUGAUUGGAGCUGGAAACAUACUGAAAAAGCACGCAGCAGAUCAAGCGAGGAAAGUGGUGAGCUGUCACGAGGCCAGUGGUCAAGAAGAAGACCCUAACACGAUCUACUUACAGUUUGAUCCCUCCCAUUACCAGUGCUUUGAAAACUGUGGCUCUAUGAAGCUGACGGUUAGCAGGCAUGGAGGAGAGAGCGGCUGUACUGUAAAGGUGGACUACCGCACAGAGGAUGGGACUGCCAACGCUGGCUCUGACUAUGAGUUUGCAGAGGGGACUCUGGUCUUCAAACCUGGUGAGACAACAAAAGAGUUCACAGUGGGUGUCAUAGAUGAUGACAUUUUUGAAGAAGACGAGCACUUCUACGUCCGCCUCAGUAACCCGCGCAUCGUGCACCGAGCAGAAGUCUCCCUCCUCGAACCCAAUUCAAUCACAUCCAGUAACAGCAUGGUGGGCAUCUCCUCUCAUGUGCCCCCCAAAGCCGCUCUGGGCAAGGCGCACACUGCCACGGUGACCAUAUAUGACGAUGACCACGCUGGCAUCUUUACCUUUGAGAGUGACAGCACAAGAGUGAGCGAGAGUGUGGGGAACAUGCAGGUGAAGGUCCAUCGGACAUCUGGAGCGAGAGGAAAGGUGGCAGUGCCCUACCACACCAUCGAGGGCACUGCCAAAGCUGGAGAGGACUACGAAGAGGUGUCAGGCAAACUGGAGUUUCAGAAUGACGAGACCAUGAAGUUGCUGAAUGUGAAGAUCAUUGACGAUGAAGAGUAUGAGAAAAAUAAAACGUUUACCAUUGUGCUGGAGGAGCCUAUUUUGCUGGAAGUUGGACAAAGGCAUGGUGACACAAAUGACAACAAGACUGCAGUGGGCCCUGAGGAUGUAUCUAAAAUGGGCUGCCCCAUUCUGGGAGAGCACACCAAGCUGGAGGUGGUGAUCGAAGAGUCUUAUGAAUUCAAGAGCACAGUGGACAAGCUCAUAAAGAAGACUAACCUGGCUCUGGUGGUGGGGAGCAGCAGCUGGAGGGAACAGUUUGUUAGUGCCGUGACUGUCAGCGCAGGUGAUGAUGAUGAGGAGGAGAGUGGAGAGGAGCGCUUGCCCUCCUGCUUUGAUUACAUUAUGCACUUCCUGACAGUUUUCUGGAAGGUGUUGUUUGCCUUCGUGCCGCCCACUGAGUACUGGAAUGGGUGGGCUUGCUUCUUCGUGUCCAUCUCGCUCAUCGGGGUCCUUACUGCGGUCACCGGGGACCUGGCCUCUCACUUUGGCUGCACCGUGGGCCUCAAAGACUCUGUCACGGCCGUGGUUUUCGUGGCUCUUGGUACCUCUGUCCCAGAUACAUUUGCAAGUAAAGUGGCCGCUAUCCAGGACCAGUACGCUGACGCCUCCAUUGGGAACGUGACCGGCAGUAACGCGGUCAACGUCUUUCUGGGCAUCGGAGUGGCCUGGACCAUCGCGGCGGUCUACUGGAACACUAAGGGAAAGCCUUUUGUAGUAAAUCCGGGAUCCUUGGCCUUCUCCGUCACCCUGUUCACCAUCAUGGCUCUGGUCUGUGUGCUGGUUUUGCUGUAUCGGAGGCGUCCAAGCAUUUCCGGGGGAGAGCUGGGCGGACCACGGACUGCCAAGCUCCUCACCUUUCUUUUCUUCCUCUCUCUCUGGUUCAUCUACAUCCUACUGGCAUCACUAGAGGCUUACUGCCACGUGCCCGGCUUCUGA